UUUGAAGUUCGCCUGACAGGCAGUUUCGGAAAAUAUUGAAUUUUAUACAGAAAUAUGUGACUAAUUUGCUGUAAAACAUGUAAACUCAUCAUUCGAUAACUCUUGAGCUAGAUGAUGAACAGUUUUUACAAAUUGUUUUAUGUUUAAAGCGUUAUUUUUAACAAAUAAAAAUGACCCUCUUGUCGAUCAAUUUCACCCGAAAUCACGGUAUUCUGAAUUUAAUGUAUUCCAUUUCAGGCCGAACAUUUCAAUAGGUUCUAUCUGCAUUUGAGAGGCUCUCUUUAUUCACUUUCUCUUUCAAUUAUUGCAAUGUGAUGAUACGCUUUUCAACUACUUUUGCAGUACAAAUCAAAAGACGGUUGAUUUGACCACCGUUCUAUGCAAGGAGAUAAUCAUAAUUCAAAUGAACAGCUGAGAUAUUAACGAAAGAGAGGGAAACCAAAGAGAGCCUCUCUUCUUCAGAUAGGACCUUUAGACAUGUUUGGCCUGAUUUACUCCCAAUGCAAAAAAAGUCCGUAUCGGGUUUUAUCGUCCAGCUGCAUGGGUAGCUAAAAUUGGUGAAUGAAUUUAAUAUCUUCGCAAUUGGAUCAGUUAGAUGUAGUACUAGGCUUUAAUUUGAUGCUGAAAUAUACCAUAUAUCACUAUUUUUUGAGCACUCCGGCCUAACAUGCGAAAAAGGUUGGGCAGCCAUACAAUAGAUUUCGAUCUCUACAUACCAGCGAGAUAAAGGUUAUAAAUUUGACUCUACUCAGCGGUGUGGUGUGGUAUCACAGUGAUUCAGUCAGUCACGUCGACACAGCAUUGACAGGCGUCUCAUAGUUUUCACCCAGUGAUUGUAUUAAACAAUCCGAAUAUAAAAGGUUUAAAUUCUCCGUUUAGUAGUAUUCAAGCGCAUGAAAAUCAACUGAAGACAAGGAAAACAUGGACAUUUCCGAGCUACCACCGGAGAUGAUGGAGAAAAUUUUUGAAUAUUUAACAUUUCGCGAACGUAUUUUGGCAUCCCACACAUGCAAAUUGUGGCACGAGCUGAUAUUCUGCCCAAAGUUCUGCAAAAGAUUAUUCCUAUAUAUGAGAUCAUCAAAAGAUAUUGUUGAGAAGCCCUUUGCAAGGGAGAUGUUAGCACGUUGUAGUAAUAUGGUGAUAUUGCGUUCAAACUUUGAAGAUCAUGAAUUGAGUUUAUUGAAAGACUAUAUGAAUGGUGCACCUCUAGAGUUGCUCAAAAUCCGGGCAACAAAGUGUGUUGCCAAACGUAUCGUGGAGACGGUUUUGGAAGUCGUGCCAGGAUUGAAAACUUUGCAUCUUACGGUGUUAGGACAUACGAAAAAAUGCGCUGAUGAAGUCAUACGCAUCACACAUCAAAAACUGGAAUAUGCAGUUCUGAAUGGAUAUGGAAAUUAUGCUAUCGAAUGUCGUAAUUUGACGGUUUUGGAGUCAGACCAGAUGAAUGAGGAAAUGAUCCGAAGCAUACGUUGCCUUCAAGACCAACUACAAAUCUUACAACUCUUCGGAGGUUACACAUUCCACCACCGUGCUGCCAUGCGUGCUGCGUACAAUGUUUUAACCCAUUACCACUGGGACCGUUUACGAGAACUUAAAUUGAGCACUUCCCCAACCAGUACUGAUAAUCUGGAGACAACUCAUGAGCACAUGCCUUCCUUGCAGAAAUUAAGCUUACACUUACACGGAUCUGUUCACACUUUUACUGGAAAUGAAGUCGGAGCAGCCACACGCUUGUCAGAGUUGACAUUGGAAAAAUAUCGCAUUGACACGGAUUCGUUUAAUAAGCUUCUAACUCGUUCAGCCUUGAAAAGGAUUUCUCUGCUGAAUUGCUUAUGUUGGUCUGUAGAAGUACCCCUGAAGUCAGCUUAUAUUAAAAGUUUAACUCUUCGACCGAUGUACCAAAAUUUGCUGCCUCUUUUUCCGAGUUUGGAGGAACUAGAUCUACAAAGCAUCGGUAAAACGAACGUACUUCACACAUUGUUGCAGAUAUGCGAAUACUAUCCUGACCUGGAACGUCUAAUACUUAGACAAAACGGUAUGAUGAGACCUACACCGAAUUCAACGAAUGUGACCGCUAGAAACUCAUUUUCGCUCCUGAACAAAUUAGACAAACUGAAAGCUCUCCACGUACAUCGAAUAGAUUUGACCGGAAUCGAUUGGACCACGUGUGAAGGUAGCAAUGUGGAGUACAUUCACCUGACAGGAUGCAGUAUAGAGGGAACCGGAUCAGAAAAAUUAGUGCAAUCCUUCAAAAACCUGCGGAAACUCUAUCUCGACCAUUGCUACCUCCAACAACCACGCGUUACCGAUGGACUGCGUUCGCUGAUGCGAGACUGCCAGAUUUCCUUCAAUCCAAGCCCAUUCCGCCGUACAGGGUGUAGGAGAGACUGGGGAGACUUGAUCCCUUUUUCUUAAUUUGCCUGUAACAUUAAGAAAAAACACAAAACAAGAUUCAUUUUUCGUACAGAAUGGCAGGUAAACAUCUAUUGCAAGUUUAUACACAACAGAAGGACUUUAAAUUAUUGAUAUUUUCGAUCGAUUCCGCGUAUUUGGACGGCCAAAUAGUAAAUCGGUUGUUGGUGCUACGCCAUCCGGAAGUGAAUACGAGUGAAAGUGAUUCCGUCUUUAACGGUAAUUUUCGUGUGAAGAUCAAGUUAAGAUGAAAAGUUUCUUUCGCGAUUCUUCAACCGAUCUGUGCAGUACCCUGACAGUUGUUCCACGAGUGAAAAGUGAAUCCCUGCCACGUUUUUAUUGCGAUGUGAACUGGCGCACCGUCAACUGCACCCGGUUAAAAAAAAUGCUGGGAUCAAAGCUGAGAUUGUGUGAAGGAUCUGCAGUGAUACAUGGAAUAAAUGCUGCGCGUUUUGAAAUCAGAAUUGCUUUUAGUGCCGGGUUGAGUUUGAUUAGGUAUUGUUUUGUUUUUGUAUUUGAAAGCUAUCACCCUAUCAAAGGAAGAAAAAAAGAGUGUUUUCAUCGUUCGUCGUUUAUGGGUCUUUUGGUACUACAUCCCCCAAACGACGCCUUUGAAAGGAAGACGCAACAAAUGGGUUAUCACCAUCAAGCCACCGAACGGACGUCAGAAAUGCAGUUUCUCUAUAAACGGGUCCAAGGAUAAACAAACCACAAAAACCGCACAACAAUUGGUGAGAGCUUUCCAAUAUUAUUUUUUUUCUGAAUAAUUCUACUUCAUUUGUGAUAUAAGUUGAAAACUCGCUAUUUUCAACAUCCUUUCAUCUAUUGGAAGCUGCUUCAGUUCUGGGCUCUUUCUAAGUUGAUGAAAGGAUUUAUAAAUGCUUGCAAGGACUUGGCCAGGUGUGUGGAGCUGAGUGGGUCUAUGGCAUUGUAGAUAGUAGCGACAUCAGCAAUGUUAGUGGAUAUAUUCAACUUUGCAAUUCCAUCCAAGAUUUGUGCAAGUAUUCAUGCUAUGCUAUGCUAUGCUAUGCUAACAGAAGGACUUUAAAUUAUUGUUAAAGUUUUCAAAACUGUGUUUUUAUGGAAGCAUGUCUUAAGAUGUAUUUUUCAAAAAUGGGUCACAAUUGAUCCCCUUUUGAGCACAUGUUAUUUUAAAGGGAAAAUAACUUCAGAAGCUUCCUGUUCAUUUUCUUUUCAAGUUUUCUUACAUGUUUGAUGAAUAUGGUGUAUUUGAAAUUAUGUAUAAGAUUUCCUUAAAUUGUUAAGGAUAUGCCGUAUUUUGAAAAUGGGGAGACUUGAUCCCCCUUUUAAUGGUGUGUAAUAAAAUAAUAAUUAUCUGACACGUUUUAUCAUUGAAUAUACUAGAAUUCUGAGUAAAUAGAGGCUUUCAAAUAGAAUUUUAUUUUUCACAUGUAUGAUGUGUGUGUAAUCUUCGAGGGUGUUGAAGCACGUGCAUCGUAGUACCUUACAAUCCAGAAUUCUGAAGUAAUUAAUCAUAGUAGUCAUUAUACAUGUUUGUCAGAAAUAAAUUCAUUCCUUCCAUUACCGUUAACCUAG